CGGGUAUUUCCGUAUCCUCUCUGUACUGCGUUGCACAUUUAAGAUCGAUUGCGAAACGCCUGACCUGUCUAUAUCUAUAAAUAGCACUGUAUUCACAAACGGGAAGGUAUCCGAAUAGUGUUAGUAAAUAAACAAACUGACAUUUCUCUUUUACUUGUGAUAUUUCACUCAUUUAAACAUGAAUACUAGAAGAAAGCGGAAGGAUGAUAGUGUUUUCAGACAAACGCUUAAUACCACCCCUGGGAAGCUAAGGAAAAUGUCAGAAAAAAUUGACAAACUGAAAGAACUAAACACUGAAAACGAAACUAAGUAUUUGGAUUUAGCUUUCGCUAUGGAUUGUACGGGCAGUAUGCAGUCUUAUAUUGACGAGGCCAGGGACAAUAUAUACAAAAUUGUUGAAGGAAUAGUGGCGAGUGAAGAAAGUGAUGUACGACUGGCUCUCGUAGAAUAUCGCGAUCACCCUCCGGAAGAUUCUACAUUCGUAACUCGUUGCCACGACUUUACACAUUCGCCUAGAAUAAUGAAAGGUUGGUUAAGUGACUGUUCUGCUACUGGUGGGGGAGACACGCCAGAAGCAGUGGCUGAUGCCCUUCAUGACCUUCUGAAGCUAAGCUGGAGAGAAGAGGCAACAAAGAUUUGCGUAUGUAUUUCUGACGCACCGCCUCAUGGGCUUGGCUGUAGAAGUGAUGGGUUUCCAGAUGGGUGUCCAGAUGGAAUAGAUCCCGUGGUUGUCUCGCGUCAACUUGCAGAAAAAGGAAUAACUUUAUAUGUAGCUGGUUGUGAACCCAGCAUAUCUCCAUACAAAGACUUUUUCAUGGCCUUGGCGUACAUCACUGGCGGACAAUACGUCCCUAUGCGAAAAGCUCAAGUACUUUCAACAGUUAUUAUUUGUGGCGCACACGAGGAAUUAUCCUUAAAUCAAUUAAUGGCAGAGGUAGAUGCUGAAGUGCAAACCCGAGUGGAAGCCGGAGAAGAUGUGAACGAGCACACCGUUUCCGGUUUACUUCACGGAAGAUGGAAAGCACGUGGCCAACAAGCAGUUCAGUUGCAAAUGGACAAUACUGAGCUUAGUAGCGUACUGGAUUCACCUGAUGCAAAGAAAUACUCUAAAAUGAAGACUCUAACAGAAAUAAGAGGAAGUUUUAAGGAAAAGAAUACAGGAUCGGGUAUAGGAACUUUAUUCGGAAGGCCUGCAAGUGCAUGUGGAUUUGGGGCGUCGCUUUUUGGAAGAUCCACCGCUACAGCAUGCAGUUCCUCUUCGUCUGGGGCUUUUGGAGCUGUCGAAACCGGUGUGUCUUUUGCACAGUCCUCAAGACUAGUGCAAAAGUCGAUUGCAAAAUUUAGUAAAUGAUUUUACAUCGUAAUGUAAAGCAGUGCUGAAAUGGCUGUGAAACAUUAUUUUAUAAAUAGUAUAAUGUGAUAAACUUGUUUCGUUGUUUCCUCUUUCUUACUGUUACAAUAUUUGUAUAAGAAUUAUUUUGCUGCAUGUAUAUAUGUGCAUACUUUUAAGGUUUUAGGUUCAUAUAUUCAAUGUUGACAUGAAAGAAAACAUCAAAGACCACCUGUAAGGCAUAUUUUAAGUUUAACACAAGUUUUGUUCAACAAUUAAAGACUGCAUUAUACGGAUGGUCCCUUUGCUGUAUAGUCACGUGUCAGAUAUAUACUGAUAUAUUUUAUAAACAAAUAUCUAAAUAAAGUAUUAAUCCUGACCCAUUGUGACACUCGUAAGAACAACUGAACUUUACGCUUAAAGACGCACCACAAAAUAAAUGUAUUGCCAUGAUGGUAAUUAUACAUAAUUUGCAUGAAAAAUAUGAGAUAUACAAGAAUUUUGUUUCAAACUGACAGUGACAUAUAUUAGGCCAAGACAAUGUGUUUAAUGUCUUAACAUUUUAUUGAAUUAAUGUAGCAAUAUGUACAUAAAUCAGUGUAUUUAGUUAAAUUUCAAUCACAUUUUGUUUCUACAGUGUAAGACUAUAUUCUUAAAACUAUGCUGAAAAGAGAUUGACUGAAUAAGUUUGCAGAUGAAGAUGUGAAAACACAUUUAUUCAGGAAGACCCUAAAUUGGCCACCUGUAUUAUAAGAAUGAUUUUCAUGAAGUUUUUGUGGGUGAAAAAAGUAGGUCACUAGGUCGUUGUGGGUCUUUAACACUAUACAGUUAUCAUUUUGUCAUGUCCGUUUUAACACGAAAAUGUUGCGCAAUAUAAAUAAAAGUCGUAUUAUUA